AUGUUCCGUGCCCAGAGACUUUCCUCGGCCCUCGCGAAACAUGCACGCACCUUUGCAACAGUUACACAACCUCCCCAUGUCGGAGUGGUUCGACCUUCAGCUCAAGAAGUAAAGAACUGGACACUCGACUCUAGAAGCCUCGAGAAAGCUGUACGACACAUGCACAGAGACGGCUUAGUUGUUGUAGAAGAUGUUGUCCCUCACGAGGACAUUGACAUCCUCAACAGGAAGAUGACUGAGGAUGCUCAUACCCUUCAGGCUCGAGGUGAUAAAGGUCCUUUCAAUUAUAACAAGGGGAACAUUCAGCAAGAUGCUCCUCCUGUUUCUGAAUACUUUAGCCCUUCUAUCUUUACAAACCCAAUUGCCACACAAAUCACCACUGCAGUGAUGGGCCCACGGCCGAAGUGGACGUUCUGCUCUGCUAAUUCUGCAAUGGCAACUCUCCCUAGAGGGACUCCUCAGCGCCAGCCUGUUCAUUCAGAUGCAGACUUUGCACACCCAGACCAUCCCUUCGCCCUCGUUGUCAAUAUUCCUCUGGUCACAACUACACCAGAGAAUGGAUCCACAGAGAUCUGGCUUGGCACCCACAAUGGGUUUGGCCUAGAUGCACAAGAAGGUACACAUGGCGAGAGAGCCAGCAGUCGCAUCAGAGAAGAACUCCUCCGCGAGCGUCGAAAGAUCUCGCCGCCUUUGCAGCCCGUCAUCAAGAAAGGCAGCAUCAUCGUGCGCGAUCUCAGACUCUGGCACGCUGAAAAAGAGGGAAAGCUGGGGUUGCAUGUCCCAGUGGAUUGGGCGAGCAGGGAGGCUGUGCUUGAGGGUUACUUGAACCGAGGAUUCGGAAACAGCUAUGACUUUAGCCAAGAAGCUUGA